AUGCAAAGCCCUCUGUGCUUUGUAUUACUGCCGAUCCUGGCCACGCUGGCCAGGAUAUCCCAUUCGAAAAUGGAAAAAUGUGAAGAGAUCCAACGGAGGUUUACGGACGAAGAGAACCGACAGAAACAGGUGUGUCUGAACUUAACAAAAGGCUUUUUUUUUGGAGUCCUAGGCCUUAGGCUAGAAACUUAAUGAACUAUGUGAUAGGAGGUGAAGUUUGAUUAUUGAUGUUAUGCCAAUUUUUUUUAAUAUAAGCCUAGUGUGACCUAGAUUUACAAAAAAUGUUUUUUGGGGUCCUAGGCCAUAAUUUAAUGAACUAGCAAUCAGAAGCUAGCUGAAAUGUGUUUAUUGUUGAUGUUAUGUACGGUCUUUUUAAACUGUAAAGCCUAGUGUGACUUGAUUGUUUUAAAGAUUUAAAAUCCUAGGCCUUAGGCGACUAAUUUUAUUAUUAUUUCAGUUACAACCAGUCUGCUCCUGCUCGGAAAGCGGUUUCUUCGUGAGCAUCAAAGGACCGGCUGUUGAGUAAGUACCACUGUUUUUGUGAAUAUCACAUUUUAAAUAACAUUUUCUGCAGAUGCGAAGCGGCCACGAUCACCGCCCUCAACACGAACCUCGCCUCGUUCAAUCACACCGAAUUGGGAAUGAUUUUCGUGAAGGAGACCACGAUGAACACGAUUCCCAACGACUUUUUCGCCAAGGUAAGGGUCUUACAGUGACAAGGGUUAACAUGUAGUACCGAAAGUGUCAUUUUCAGAUGCUUCCAAAGCGCGUGAAGAUCGAGAAGUGCGACAUUCUGUCGGUGGAGGCGUCGGUGUUCAAACCGGCGGCCGACGUCAUCGAAAGCCUUUCGCUGCGUGAGAAUCGUAUCACAACUCUGAUUUCUCGCCAGUUCUGGACCCUCCACAAAAUGAUCUCUCUUGAUGUGUCGCACAAUAAAAUCGAUACAAUCGAGGAGGGCGCGUUCGAGGGACUCGAGAACCUGCAGGAGAUGAUACUCGCCGGCAACGAUUUCAGAGAAUUGAAGGCCGGAUCGUUCGAGGGACUCAGGGGACUCAGGAAGCUGAAUUUGGAGAACUGCAAUAUUCAGAAGAUUCAAAAGUGAGUGGGAGCGGAUUUUUGGGGCUUUGGGAACAUAAAUUCCCCACUUUGUACUUUACUUUAAAAAAAAUAUGUUACGCAAAAAAUGAUAAUUUCUGUGAACAUUAACAAAAUGAAUCUAAAUCGACUUCUAAACAAAAUAGUGUUUGCAGAGGCGCGUUCCGUGGUCUCGACUCGCUGGAAGUGCUGAUAAUCUCGGAGAACCUUCUGGAGACCCUCGACGGAUCCGUGUUCAAUUCGCUGAAAAAGCUGAAAAUCCUGGACCUCGGCUCGAACCGACUCCGAUCGAUGGAGUUGCGCGGUCUGAAGAGUCUCGAGAAGUUGCUGCUCAACAACAAUCAAAUCGAGACGAUGAAGGCGAUCAAACUGAAGGACCUGCCGAACCUGAUCGUUGCCAUGAUCGACAGGAACAAGAUUCGCACUCUGGGCGACAUGGACAUGCUCGGAUUCAGCCGCUCCGAGCGCAUCGAGACGCUCUCGUUCGCCUACAACAACAUCAGCACGAUCAGUCAGAAGGCAUUUCAGCACCUUCCUCAUCUGAAGAGCCUCCUCCUGCAGAACAACGAUUUAGAGCAGCUCAGCAUUAGUUAGUGGCAAUUCAUACUAUGAGAAGUUCAUAAUAUAUUUGUUAUUUAGACUCCGCCCCCUUCCUGACGAGCUUCAAAUCGCUGGUGACCCUCCAAGUAUCGGCCAAUAACCUGACGGUCAUUCGCGCCGGCGAACUCCCGAAAAGCCUGCUGAAUCUGGCCCUAGACCACAAUAUGAUCACGAGGGUGAGUGCAGAAAUUGUGGUCACUGAAAGUGGAAGGCAAAAUUUCAGAUCGAACCACGCGCUCUCGAAGGAAUGGCCCUGAAGCGCAUCUAUUUGCAUAGCAACAAAUUGCAAUUCUUGUACCAGGGAGCUUUCGAUUCGUUCGCGCCGACCUCUGUCGAAGCCAUCGAUGUUUCUUGUACGUUUUUUCAAAAACUACACAUCUUUUACUAUAUUUUUGCAGUUGAACACUUUUUUCUACGGUCACUCCCUCGGGUACUAUAGCGCUUCAACGUAUUCAUAGAAAUUUUGCUGCUCUUAUAUUCAAAGCGCUACAGUACCCCAGGGAACAGUUGUAGAGAAAGAUGAUCAACUACAAAAAUGAAGUUCACCUUUUGAACUUUACUUUUGUAGUUGACAACUUUUUGCUGCGAUGUCAUGAUUUCGCAGAAAAGUUUCGAAGCCUACAAUAUCCAUUUGUUUGCAGUGAACAACUGGCAAUGCGUGUGCAAAGACCCGAAAGAAUGGCUGCCGAGAUGGCUGUCCGAGGCGGAAGAGGCCGACGUUUCGGAGGGUCCCGUCGGCUGUCUGGCCAUCCCCGGAUGCGGUCACGGCGGAGAAUCGCAGGAGUUCGAGGAGGAGGAGGAGUCGGUGCGCGCCGGAUGGAUUACGGUAGCCGCCAUCGUGCUCACCAUCAUCACCAUCGUCAUUAUGAUCACCAUUGCGAUGCUCUACUUCAAGGACUAUCGGCAUCAGGUAAUUUUAUCUGAACAUUCCGAAAAAUCCUCAUUUUUGCAGUUCCCGCUGCGUGGCCGUCGUUGCGAUUCGGACCUGCACAAGCUGAUCGAGAACGAUCCGCUGAACAUCGCCUCAGAUUCGAUCCUGGUCGUUCCGACGAUGCCGAGACGGAACCCGACGAACGGACCCAAGAAAACCGUCCGAUUCCAGAACUUUUAAGCAAGAAAUUGAUUACACAGGGCUACUGUACCCUACCGUAAUCCCCCGGUAUCUCAAUCCCCGACUCUGUAAAUAUAAUAUGAAAACUGAAGACUCUGAUAAAAUAACCCAAAAAUUCCAGUGAAAAUCCGCGCCCAUCCCUCAUUUUUUCAUGUUUUUCCUCCAUACGUGUCGUCCUUUUUUGUUUAAGCCCCGCCCCUUAUUUUUUCCAAAUUACUGUAGCCCCACACUUAUCAGGUAUCAACUCAUCCACUGAUCUUACAAAAAACCCUCAUUUUUUAAUCGGAAAUGUUGAAAGAUUGACUUGUUUUUUGAAAACUUGAAAAGAUUGCAAUCUUGACAUAAUAAUAAAUGCAAAUUCUGAUGAUCUAAUUUGUAAAGGAAAAGAAUCACAAAUUUCAGACCUACUUUUGUUCUCAACGACACUCCGCUCAGACGCUGAGAUAUGUGUCGAUCAACGAAGCAAACGAUGGCGCUGUGGGCACUCUGUCUUUCCAACUGGUGAAGACGAAAGAGAUCAAAACGACGACGACGACCGACGAAUCCGGGCAUACGGUAGUCACCACUUCGGAAGCCGUUCAUCCUGGAGCCACGACGAUCAGUCAUGGAGCAAGUGCGGCGGCGGCAGGAGGAGCUUAUAUGGUAAGUAUUAACAUGUAAUGUACAACGAUAAUAACGUUUAAGUUGCAGCAAAACUCGUCGAGCAGUUCGAUGUUCUCUUCGGGAGCAGCAGCCGAACGAUCGUACGCUCAGCAACAGCAGAGCAGCUUUUCGGCAGGACACUCGAGUUCCGGCAUGGAGAGCUCACAGCUCAAUUCCGGAGGAUACGCGAGCAUUCGGCAUGCGACCGGCGAGAGGUUAGUAGGGAACUGUAGAAGUAGAAAGUGAGUAACCUGUGGAAUUUUCAGAGAGCGUGGCGACAGCGUGGAAAAGUUCUAUUUUUGA